AUGGAAGAAGUGGAACCACUUCACCCUGCAGCGGGACCGCAUCAGGAGGAUGUCAACCUGCAUCAGGCGGAGUCAAGGGGCUCUCAGCAUGGUGGUUCUCGAAGGAGUCCUGAGCGGAGAGAAGGCCGGGAGGGGAGUGUACGUACAACUCCUACUACCAGGAGCCACUCUCGGGGGAAGAAUCACGUCUCCCACGCGAAGUAUGAUGGGAAUCUGCAACGUGAGAUUGCAGAUUUGAAGAGGGAGUUGCGCCAUGCACGGCGGGAACGUUCCCCACCUUGCUCCGGACCAUCAUCUGAGGAGUCAGAUGGAACUAGUUACAGGCGGAGAUCGAGAACUCCGCAAAGCGAGACCUUCUCAUUUGAAGAGGAGCGUCGCCAUCGACGUAGGCGUAGAAGUCCAACUAGCAGGGGCUUAGGAAACGAAGCCAUGAACAAAGCCCUGAGUCAAAUUUCCAAGUCACCCUUUACGAGGAACAUAGACGAUGUUACCCAUCUUCGGUGGUUCCAUUAG